AAAAAUUUUUUUUCUAAUUAAAUUUUUCAGAUUUUUAAAAAUGCGUUUAACUGAUGUAUUAGGUUUAAGACGAAUACUUUAUGGAAGUUAUCAUCCUUUUCGAAUAAUUCCAAAACCUUCAAUUUGGCCAAAACGAGAACGACUUAAACGUUUUACUGCGUGGCAAUACGGACAAGAUUUAAAAACAGUCAAACAAGGAUCUCGAAAGCUCAACAAAGUUUUUAUUUAUAUGGAUAUGCAAAGACAAGAUGCCCCGAAAUUGGAAAGACAUUACAACCAACAAAGAUUAAAAGCAGCAUUAGAAGAACAUUUUGUGGAAAUUGAAAUAUUUAAAUCAAUGUUGGAAAAAGCCCAUAUACUUUUGGAAGAUAAAAUACUUGUUCAAUUGGCUAUUUAUGAACCGAAGAGUUUUAAGUCAUUAAUCGAUUUAACACAAAAAAUGGCUCUCGACGACGGAAUUGAAAUUGUAACAAAACCGGAAGAUUUAGAACAUGUUCAGACCGAAUCUAGUCUUUUUGGGCAACCAUUCCCCGCUGCUAAAAUUUAUCCUAGCGGUCCAAAAGAAAAUCAUAUGGAAUUUCCAAGGAAGCUUAAAGUUGAAGAAUAUUGA